ACCCCCCGUUCUGUUCGUAUUAUUUUCAUUUCCAUCACUCCCGCUACUCCUAUUCUUGCUGUCAACCAUAAUCUUUUUCCUACCACUUCUCUCUUCUUUGCUAGAACAGUCAAUCCCAACCAUAAAAAUUACCAGGGCUACGUAAAAGAGCAUAUCUACAAAAAUUUUUACCACGCCAGAAGCGCACAAAUGCCUACGUUACGUACCCCCUCAAAACAGAAAUAUGCUGCCAUCUCAAAACUACUUCACGCUAUUAAAUCUACCACACACCUUCUUCAUAGACAAGCAAAGACUUAAACACAAUUAUUACACGCAGGCCAAGCGUUAUCAUCCAUCAAUGAUGGGCGGCAGUGAGCACAUUUUUGUUGGGCUGAAGAAGGCCUACGAUACUUUGAACGAUGAUCUGCAGCGUGCACUUUAUUUGCACCGUGUACACGGCGCAAAUGCGAAUGGAAGCGAUACACAUGCAACAAACGUUGUAAAGAAGGGAGCAACUGACCGUACAGAUGAUGAGCAUCAGCACGGCAGUGAUACGAACAGGAAAGGUAUGAAUGAUUUAGCGCAUCUUUAUGAACUGUCUGAGCGACUCAGUACGAAUGAUGGGGAUGCUAAAAAGGAACUGGCCGAUCGUAUUGAUGAGUGCAAGAAAUUUUAUUAUGACCCGGUGUAUUUGGGGAGAUGGAAGUAUUACGAAAGGAUGAAGGAAAGGAUGAAAGAAAAAGAGAUUGAUGAUGCGGUGAGAUGAAAUUUAACGAUAAUAUAGUAAUUGAAUGAUGGUGUACGGCUUUGUACUACUUAUGGUACGUUUAUGGAAUAGUGCUAAUUAGAUGAGAAUGUAAAUGGAGUGGCGUGUUUGUUCAACGUUUUAACAAUGGAAAUGGUGUGGUGUGUGGUAUCACAAUGAUUAUUGGUGUAUGACCGUCAUAUUACCGAUUAAGCAGUACCACAACAAUUUAUAUUAAAUUGAUUCGUUC